GAGGCAGAGGACAGAGGACUGCUUCCUGCUUCCCAAGUAAAACAGUUAUCUUGAGAAGAAAGAAAAGAAUACCGAGUAGUACUACUACUACACAGUUAAUUACUAGUAGCAGCCUAGUAGUAGUAGGUGGUGGGUUGUCUUGACUCUAGUCUUGUGUAGCAGUAUAAAUAUAAAUACAGAAUAGACAGGAUAUGAUAUGAUAUGAUAUGAUAUCCCCAGAUUAGCAAUUUAGCAUAGCAGAAGAGUAAUUGUUAAUUGACUUGGCAAAUGCUAGACUUGGAAAAGGUUGAAGAACUGGAAUUGGAAUUGGAAUCGGAAUCGGAAUCGAAAUCGGAAUCUGGAAAUUGAAGAUGCAUCUCUAUAAUGCAUGGCUUCCACCUCCAAUUAUGGAAGAGAGCAAGAAAGAGAAGGAAUCAUUCGCUAGGGUCGUCUCUUUGCUAAAGGAUUCCUAUCAUUCCCAAGAUCCUGAUUCCGUCUACUCCACUCUCAAAUGGAUUUCUGUGCUUGACCUUUUCAUUAAGGCCAAAAGUGACUUGUCUCUUGAGGAUGUUGCCCCUCUUGUUCAAUUAGGACUCCAGAUUUUUUAUGCAGCUCGCGGCAAACUCUAUGCACAGGUUAGAUGGGGCAAUUUACUUGUAAAAGUCAUUAACAAGUACAGGAAGAAGUUAUCGCUGACGAUUCAAUGGCGCCCUCUUUAUGACACCUUAGUCUGCACGCAUUUCACCAGAAGUACGGGCCCAGAAGGGUGGAGAGUUAAGCAGAGACACUUUCAGACUGUCACUGCCCUUGUUCGUGCUUGUAGGAGAUUCUUCCUGCAGAAUUCUGCUUUGGAGAUAUGGUCUGAGUUUAGCCCUCUUUUGGAAAAUCCUUGGCAUAAUUCAUCUUUUGAAGGUUCUGGUUUUAUCAAGCUUUUUCUUCCUACGAAUUUGGACAAUCAGGAUUUCUUCUCUCAGGAUUGGAUUGGAAAAUGCAUUGAUGCCUGGAGUUCUAUUCCAAAUUGCCAAUUUUGGAACAGCCAAUGGGCUGCUGUUCUUGCUCGUGUUAUAAAGAAAUAUGACGUCAUUACCUGGGAGCCUUUGUUGCCCGUUCUUUUCGCUAAAUAUUUGAAUAUGUUUGAGGUUCCUGUGGCAAAUGGUUCUAGUUCGUACCCGUACUCUGUUAAUGUUCCAAGAAAUACAAGGUUCUUGUUUUCCAACAAGACAUCCACUCCAUCUAAGGCGAUUGCGAAAUCUAUCGUGUAUUUACUCAGACCCGGGAGUUCAGCUCAAGAGCAUUUUGACAAGUUGAUCAAUAUCUUGGAACAAUAUUACCAUCCUUCUAAUGGUGGUCGCUGGACAUACUCUUUGGAGCGUUUUUUGCUGUAUCUAGUAAUUAUGUUUCAGAAGCGUUUACAACAUGAACAAAAGGACUCUAAUGGUUGUGGACAAACAGAGCUAUAUUUGGGAAAAUCGGAGAGGAUUUCUUUUGUCAUUACUGUGCUGAAGAUGAUUGAUCGUGGUCAAUACAGCAAAAAUGAACAUUUGUCUGAAACAGUUGCUGCAGCAACUUCAAUAUUGGCUUAUGUAGAGCCCUCUCUGGUCCUUCCCUUCGUAGCUUCUCGAUUUCAUAUGGCUUUGGAGACGAUGACAGCCACCCACCAGUUGAAGACGGCAGUCACAUCAGUAGCAUAUGCUGGCCGGUCUUUGUUCUUUACAUCUCUUUCAUCUGCAGUAGAAAGAUCUGAUGAUUCUGAUGGGCCCAACUCAUGUAUCGAUCUUUUGGUCAUCUCAUUAUCAAAUGCUCUGUUGGGCAUGGAUGCCAACGAUCCUCCAAAGAGUUUAGCAACCAUGCAAUUAAUUGGUUCCAUAUUUUCCAAUAUGGCUGUCAUUGAAGAUAGUACUGAUAAUUUGUCGCCAAUUUCUGCUAUCCGCUUCUCGGAGUGGCUUGAUGAAUUUCUAUGUCGCCUUUUCUCGUUACUUUUGCACUUGGAGCCAAAUACUGUCACGAAUGAGGGACUUACUACCAUUGCUACCUCUGGCACUUUUCUUGUUGAAGAUGGUCCUUAUUACUUCUGCAUGUUGGAAAUCUUGCUUGGAAGACUAUCGAGAUCACUUUUCACUCAGGCUUUAAGAAAGAUUUCCAAGUUUGUGCAAACUAAUAUACUUCCUGGCGCUGUCGCAGAAGUUGGCCUUCUUUGCUGUGCAUGUGUGCAUUCGAACCCAGAAGAGGCUGUUGUUCAUCUUGUUGAACCGAUGCUAUCAAUGGUUAUAUCAUCUAUGAAAGGGAUGCCUAGAACAGGAUUCCUAGAAGGAAGUUUCGAUUUCUCUACCGUGUGCAAGGCAAAGCCUUCUAUUUCUCCAGCUCUGGAAACUGCGAUUGACUAUCAGUUGAAAGUUCUGUCCGUUUGCAUUAGUUAUGGGGGCCCUCAUCUUUUAUGCUACAGGGAACAAUUUAAAGAAGCUAUCAACCUAGCAUUUGAAUCACCAUCUUGGAAGGUCAAUGGUGCUGGUGACCAUGUACUCCGAUCUCUUCUUGGAAGCUUGGUGCUUUAUUAUCCGAUUGACCAGUACAGGUGUGUGUUGCAACAUCCUGAUGCCCCUCUCAUGGAGAAAUGGAUCAACACCAAAAGUUGCUUAAGUGAGAAACCACUCAUCUGCCCGAAAUGGCAUGUCCCAGAACAGGAUGAAAUUUCAUAUGCAAAUGAGCUUUUAUCACUUCAUUUUCAAUCAGCAUUAGAUGCACUACUGAGAAUAUGCCAAGAUAGAAUUCAUAAUGAUGCCGGAAAUGAGAAAGAUCACCUCAAGGUGACUCUUCUGCGGAUUGACUCUUCCUUGCAAGGCAUAUUGUCUUGCCUGCCGGAUUUUAAUCCAACUGUUACAACUGGUAAUACUGAAAAUAUAGUGCAAGAAUCAUUCUUGCUCGCAGGUGCUGCAGGUGCUAGAGUUGGCAGCACCGAGAUGCGAGUGAGGGCAGCUGAGGUCAUACAUGCAGCCUGCCGAUACUUGCUGGAGGAAAAACCAGAUGAUAGUAUAUUACUCAUUCUCAUCAUCCGUAUUAUGGAUGCUCUAAUAAAUUAUGGUAGUCUUGAAUAUGAUGAAUGGUCAAAUCACAGGCAGGCUUGGAAAUUGGAGUCUGCUGCCAUUGUAGAACCUCCAAUGAACUUUCUGACAUCUUCUCAUUCUAAUGGAAAAAGAAGGCCACUCUGGGCACUUGCUGACAAGGCAUAUAUGCACAACACAUGGAGAGCUUCUCAGUCCUCUUUUCAUUUGUAUCGUACCAGUGGCAAUGUCUCUCCAUCAAGUCAUGCAAUUCUUCUGAUGGAUGAUCUUCUGAACUUAGCUUUGCAUAGAUAUGAAACUGUUCGCUCGCUUGCUGGCAAGAGCCUCCUCAAGAUGUUGAAGAGAUGGCCUUCCAUGGUCUCAAGGUGCAUGCUUGCCCUGACUGAGAAUUUAGCAAACCCCAGUUCACCUGAAUAUAUUGUUCUUGGGUCCUGCACCAUUUUGUCCAAUCAAACCCUUCUCAAGCAUUUGACAAUGGAUGCCAAAGCUUUCACUUCCUUUGCCAUCGGCAUUUUGAAAAGUGCACAUCAUGAAUCCCUGAAAGCUCAAAAAGCAAUUACUGAGCUUUUUGUGAAGUAUAACAUUCUUUUUACUGGGGUACCUAGAAACAUCUUCAAGACAUCAGAUAGACAGUCAGAUGGGCAAAUUUUUUCAGAUAUGAUUUCUCAGAUAGUUUCUAUGAGUUAUGAUACAAAUGGCUUGCAUUGGAGGUACAAUCUGAUGGCUAACAGAGUUUUGCUAUUAGUGGUGAUGGCAUCUAGGAAUGAUCCACGUUCCUCUACAACAAUUUUAAGUGAAACUGCUGGGCAUUUUUUGAAGAAUUUAAAAAGUCAACUUCCUCAAACUAGAAUUCUUGCAAUCUCCGCUCUCAAUACAUUAUUGAAGGAAUCCCCUCAUAAAAUGCUAGCUGUUUCUUCCUCAGAAAAUGUUGAAAAGAUCUCUCAGUCUUCUGUUGAAGGAGCUUUAGUUGAAAUUUUUCAGGAAGAAGGUUUUUUUAAUGAGACGUUCAACAGCCUUUCCCAUGUCCAUAUAAUCAGUGAUGGUGAAAGCACUUCUUCUAGGGGAAAUUAUGGGAGCUCUUCUUUUCAGAGUGUAGCAGACAAAUCAAUUACAUUUUUUUACUUCGACUUCACAGCUUCUUGGCCCCGAACUCCUAGUUGGAUUUCUUUGUUAGGAAGUGAUACUUUCUAUUCAAAUUUUGCCCGAAUCUUUAAGCGAUUGAUUCAAGAAUGUGGGAUUUCUGUUUUAGAAGCUCUGAGAAGUGCCCUUGAUGAAUAUGCAAGCUCUCAGGAAAGAUCUAAACAAUGUGUUGCUGCUGAGGCAUUUGCUGGAAUUUUGCAUUGUGAUGUCAAUGGUCUCCUUGAGGCAUGGGAGGAUUGGAUAAAGGCUAAACUGCAGGAUAUCAUUAUGGCUCCAUCAGUGGAAUCUGUGCCUGAGUGGGCAUCUUGCAUAAGAUAUGCUGUGACUGGGAAGGGAAAGCAUGGAACGCGUGUUCCUCUUCUAAGGCAGAAAAUCAUGGAUUGUCUGCUGACACCUUUACCAUAUUCUGUGACUACUACUGUUAUUGCUAAACGGUAUGCUUUUCUAGCUGCUGCGUUUAUAGAAGUGUCACCUGCAAAAAUGCCAGAAGCUGAACUACUUCUUCACAAACGACUGCUGGAUGAGUUGCUGGUCAAUAUGAGUCAUUCAUCUGCACAAGUGAGGGAAGCUGUGGGAGUUACCCUUUGUGUGUUAUGCUCAAAUGUUCAGCUCCAUAGUAUAUAUUCCAGUUUGGAUCUUAACCAAAGGGAAAGCAGUGGUGUGGGUGAUGAGAUUUUCGGGGAUAGUCGAAGUCGGCUUCUAUCAGACGAAGCUACUGAACGUGCUAUUAGAAUUCAGAAAACAACUCAUUCCGACCAUAUCGAUGCGGAAGCAGAUGUAAUUCCAGAAAAUGGGAUCACAAAGGACUCUGAGGAAGAUGUAAAAUGGAUGGAAACGUUAUUCCAUUUUGUUAUUGCAUCGCUGAAGUCAGGUAGAUCGUUAUAUCUGGUGGACACAAUUGUCGGCAUUCUUUAUCCUGUGAUUUUAUUACAGGAUACAUCGAAUAAAGAUUUGUCAACAUUGGCAAAGGCUGCUUUUGAGUUGUUAAAAUGGAGUGUCUUUAGAGACUCACAUCUACAAAAGGCUGUUGCUGUUAUCCUCAAAUCAGCUAAUGAUUCUAACUGGCGGACCAGAUCUGCUACAUUGACAUAUCUUCGUACGUUUAUGUAUAGGCACAGUUUCAUCCUUUCAUGUGAUGAAAAAGUACUAAUUUGGACAACUGUUGGGAAGUUACUCAUAGACUGCCAAGUGGAGGUACGAGAGCAUGCAGCAGCAGUUUUAGCUGGGAUGAUGAAGGGUGGGGACGAACAUCUUGCAGGAGACUUCCGUGAAAGGGCAUAUAAGGAGGCAACUCUUAUUCUCAAGAAGAGAAAACAAAGAAGAGCUGGCCAUUCUGUUGCUCCUGUUCAUGGUGCUGUGCUUGCGCUGACAGCUUGUGUCUUGUCGGUUCCAUAUGAUAUGCCAAGUUGGUUGCCAGAGCACGUUACCUUGUUGGCUCGCUUUGUUGGUGAACCAUCACCUGUGAGAUCAACUGUUACUAAAGCUGUUGCAGAGUUUCGACGGACUCAUGCAGACACAUGGAAUUUUCAGAAAGAUCAAUUUACUGAGGAGCAGCUAGAGGUUCUUGCUGAUACAUCAUCUUCAUCAUCGUAUUUUGCUUGAAAUUUAACUGGUAGGAAUAGGCUAUAGAUGGUUGGAGCUGGAAGUCAAUGCGCUUCUUGGUGAGGAGGUGGAGCAUUUCAUCCUUGAAACACCCGAGGGCUGCUUCGGUUAGAUUGGCAACCUGUGGGGGUCCAAGUGUGGUUGCGAUCUCAGCCAUUAGGUGAGAGAAAGACUUGUGUGUAACAGGAUCGAUUCCCAUGCCUGUCAACUUCUUCUUGAGCUUGGUGUUCCAAUGGUUCUUGACAUCAUUAUCAGUGCGACCAGGAAGCUGAGCAGCAAUUAGUGACCAUCUGUAAAAUAAUAAACGGAAUUCCAAAUUUAAUUGCUCAACUUAGUAGGUAAAAAAAAAAAAAAAAGAAGAAAAAGGUGGUCGUGAUUUGUGUUGCAAACCUGUUGCCUACAACUGCAUGAAGCUUCAUAAUGGUUUCUUCUUCUGGUUGGGAGAACUGGCCGUGCUUGAGGUCAGGUCUAAGGUAGUUGGUCCAUCGCAGCCUACAACUCUUUCCGCACCUUUGGAGACCUAUGCAAUUAUUGCCAAUGUUAUUAAGUGGGCACAGUACAGUAUAUAAACGUUGAAGCGUUUGUUUUUCUUCGAAAUAAGAAUAAGAAAACAAUAAUAAUCUAACCAGCAUUCUUGGGAAUUAGGCGCCAAUUGCGGGUGCCAUGUUGGGCGAUGUAAGACGAGAGUUUGUUGUCUUCUUCAGGAGUCCAUUGACCUCGUUUGACGUUUUCCUUUUCGCAGCAUGGAAUUCUACCCAUAGUUCCUUUUGUCUUAAA